AUGUGCAUUCCUCGAGUUGACAGAUUUUUGCUUUGUUUAACAUUAGAAAGUGGAGGAUUUAUUAUCGGGUUGUUAAGCACUAUUUUCAGUGUAACAUUAGCAUUUGGAAUUCCAGGAUUAGUUAUAGUGCUGGCAAUCAAAUUCAAAAACGAAUACAAUUCACUGACUGAUCCUGAUGAAAAGUAUAAUUUACUUGUGAUUUUUAUAAUUGGGAUGGUCAUAGCCCUACUGUACACCACUUUCAUGACAGUUAAUGUUACUGCCAGCCUUUUAAUGACUAUUGGAGUCAGAAGAAAAAGGCCUUUGUUUAUGAAGUUAUUCAUUUGGAUGCUCGCUAUUGGUGUGAUAAUUUGCCUACUGCAAUCGACAGGUGCUAUCAUUGGAAUCAUUAAAAUUGGAAACGUUUACAUUGCUGUAUUGAUUGUUUCUUUAAUUAUUCUGGUAUUAAACAUCUACGCAUUCAUUUGUGUUUACUCUCUUUACGACUUAUUCAUUAAAGUGGCAGAAUUACAACGAAGAGAGACAGGACAAGAACAAUCUCGUGAUCAAAUUCCUAAAUUGGUUUAUUGGAGAAAAUAA